AUGGAAGCGUCACAUUCUUCGCAGCGAACACCAUACACGGUGGAAGAGAAAGAACUUCUUCUGGAACUGGUUUCAAAAUAUAAAACAAUUAUAGAGAACAAGCAAUCCGACAACGCUAUGCUCCGAGCCAAAGCCCGAACCUGGGAAAAAUUGGCUCAGGAAUUUAACGCCCAGACAAACGUAACAAAGAGGGACGUUAAACAACUAAAAAAGUGCCUCGAAAACAUCAAGUCCAAGGCUAAAAAGGAAAACGCUAGGCAGCGGCAGCAUAUUUACGCUACCGGCGGCGGGCCUCCCUUGACCAGGGACGACUCGGAUUCCGUGUCUCAAAGAAUCAACGAUGUACUCCCACACAUCUCAUAUCGUAUUCCAAAUAGCUGGGACAGUGACGCACUGGACGGUGCUGGGUCAUCAAUGCGUGCACCUCAUGUUGCACAGAGUGAAGGAGGCGACCGUGAGAGUGCUGGAGAGCUUCUUCAAAACACUGAUGCUGAGGACGACAAUGAGGACUCCCACGCUGCUGGCAGAUCCCAUGUGCAAGCUACAGAGUCACAGCUCACAACAAGAAAAAGGCCCCAUACUAUCGCAGAACAGGUCAGGGAAGAGGUCACAGCCCGUGUGGAAAAGGUUGAAGCAGAGAAAGUAGCAGCACUGGAGCUUUAUGAAUUGAAAAAGAAGUUUGCUCAACAACAAAAUGAUGCAAAACUGGCAAUUUACAGGAAGAAGCUAAGAAUUGCGGAACUGAAAGAGCAGUUGCUCCUCAAGCAGCUACAAGGGCAGAGUAUUGGCAGCCCAAUGCAUGAAACAUUUUUGUGA